AUGGCUUUCUCAAUCCGAGCAUCCACAGGACCUCACCAGUUCUCUUCCAGGAGUGGGUAUGGGGGAGGUUCUGUUAGGCUACCUAGUAGAGUAGCAAAUUUUGCAGGAGGAUUUGGUGGUGGGUCUCUGAUUAACUUUAGUAGCAGUAGUGCUAGUGGAUAUGUUGGUGGACUUGGCAGUGGAUUUGGCAGAAGCCUUGGUGGUGGGUUUGGUGGAGGGUUAGAAGUGGGCUAUGUUGGAGGUUCAGGUGCAGGUUUAGGAGGUGGCUUUGGGGCUGGAGAAGGAGAAGGAAGUCUUUUAGCAGGCACUGAAAAGGAAACCAUGCAGAAUCUGAAUGAUCGUCUGGCUGCCUACCUGGACAAGGUGCGUUCACUAGAAGAAACCAAUACUGAGCUGGAACGCAAGAUCCAUGAGUGGUAUAAGAAAAAUGGCCCAGAAGCUGGUGGCCCAGCGGCUGGCAGAGAUUACAGUAAAUACUACCCUAUAAUUGAAGAUCUCAGGAACAAGAUCAUCGAUGCAACUAUUGAAAAUGCCCAGUUAGUUCUUCAAAUUGACAAUGCAAAGCUGGCAGCUGAUGAUUUCAGGUUGAAAUUCAAGAAUGAAGUGGCUCUUCGCCAAAGUGUCGAGGCUGACAUUAAUGGCCUCUGCAGAGUCCUGGAUGAGCUGACCUUGACCAGGGCUGACUUGGAGAUGCAGAUCGAAAGUCUGAACGAGGAACUGACAUACCUCAAGAAGAACCAUGAGGAAGAACUCCAAGGACUCCAAAGCUGUGCCACUGGGCAAGUCAGUGUGGAGAUGGAUGCUGCUCCAGCAAUUGAUUUGACCAAACUUCUGAACAACAUGAGAGCCCAGUAUGAGGCGAUUGCUGAACAUCGGAAAGAGGCUGAAGCCUGGUUCAAUGAAAAGAGAGGGGAGCUGAAAAGAGAAAUCUCUUCAAAUACUGAGCAGCUUCAGUCAGGAAAGAGUGAAAUCACAGACUUGAGACGUACUCUGCAAAGCCUGGAGAUAGAACUGCAGUCGCAACUUGCUAUGAAAAAAUAUCUUGAAGACACUCUAGCAGAAACAGAAGCCGGUUACGUUGCCCAGCUGUCCCAAAUACAGCUUCAAAUUCAAAACCUGGAAUCCCAGCUUUUCCAGGUCCGAGCAGACAUGGAGAGGCAAAAUGGAGAGUACCAGCACCUCCUGGAUAUCAAGACCCGUCUGGAGAUGGAAAUUGAGACUUACCGCCGAUUACUAGAUGGCCAGAUUGGGUCAUUUGGAAGCACUUCUGUGGCAAGUACCAAGUCGGUGGAGUCUACUCAUGAUCCAAACAGAUCCAGGAAGAUCAAGACCAUCGUCGAAGAGGUAGUGGAUGGCAAAGUAGUUUCAUCCCAAGUUAAGGAAGUUGAAGAGAAAAUAUAAGAGCAAAAGUCAGUAAUUCAUUCUGCAAAUUUGGGAAAUUAUUAGAUUUACUUUUAUUUCAAUCUUUUCUCUCCGUAAUGUAUGAAAUGUUACAGAACUAAAGAUACAUUUGGAAUUCCUCUCUGGUCAA